AUGUCUUACUGUGUGGAGGAGAGGGGACGAGCCAACAGCCUGGACUACAGACUCUACUUCAAAAACUCUGAGGGGAAGUAUGUCUCUCCGUUCCAUGACAUCCCAGUGUUUGCAGAUGAAGCUCAGAAUAUCUUCAACGCUGUUAUUGAGGUCCCGCGGUGGACAAAUGCAAAGAUGGAGAUCGCAACCAAAGACGCCCUGAACCCUCUGAAGCAGGACGUGAAGAAGGGGAACCUCAGAUACGUGGCCAAUGUGUUCCCUCAUAAAGGAUACAUCUGGAACUAUGGGGCCAUCCCACAGACCUGGGAGGACCCAAACCAUAAGGACGGAGACACUGGUUGCUGCGGCGACAACGAUCCGAUCGAUAUCUGCGACAUCGGAGACAAGGUGUGUUCUCAAGGAGAGGUGAUCCAGGUGAAGGUUCUGGGGACUCUGGCUCUGAUCGACGAAGGAGAAACUGACUGGAAAGUGAUCGUCAUCAACACUGAGGAUCCACAGGCCUCAGAGUUCAACGACAUUGAGGACGUGCGGCGGCUGAAGCCCGGGUUCCUUGAGGCCACGGUCGACUGGUUCAGAAGAUACAAGGUUCCAGACGGGAAACCAGAAAACCAGUUUGCUUUCAACGGAGAGUUCAAGAACAGGGACUUUGCCAUAAAAACCAUAAAGGACACACACAGCUUUUGGAGAGCGAUGGUCACAAAACAGUCGGACGCUGGAGAGUUGAACUGUAUGAACACGUGUGUGGCCGACAGCCCGUUCCGCUGUUCCCAUGGAGACGCAGAAGCAGUGGUCAAAUCUGCUUCUGCUUUUGGACCAGGAGAACCCAUUCCCAGUUCAGUUGACAAAUGGUUCUACUAUGAAAAGUGA